AUGUACAGAUCUUCUCUUCCAGUCGUCUUCGGCGUCAUAGCCGGACUAAUGUUUUCUGUGCCUUGCGAUGCCGUCAGCCCACAAGCACGGUGGACUGUCGGACAAACAGUUCAGACCUCCAGCGGGCCGGUCCAAGGACAUGCCGCUCCUCAUGCUAGCAAUGUGUCGGAGUAUCUCUCCAUUCCGUACGCUUUGCCGCCAGUAGGCAACCUGCGAUUCCAGUCUCCUGUCAGGUAUCGGGGGAAUACCACGAUUAGUGGCGAGACCUUCGGUCCCGCAUGCAUUUCUUCGAAUCAGACGGCGUACGAUGACCGACUGCCAGACAAGCUCAUUGAGCAAUACGGGGUCACCAGGGUCGGCAAAAAGUUCUUGGCAGAGAUAGGGCAUCCUAAUCUGACGUUCAGUGAAGAUUGUCUUACCCUGAAUGUCUGGACGAAGCCGCAGACCGGCGAGAAGAAGAAGGCAGUGAUGAUCUGGGUACAUGGAGGGACCUUCGUCUCCGGAAGUUCGGCAAUUCUGAUGUACAAUGGCCAGUUCUUUGCCGACCAAGAGGACAUUGUCCUUGUCUCUAUCAACUAUCGCCUCAGCUUCUUCGGUUUCCCCGGAAAUUCACCAAGCAGCUUCAACCUAGGUCUAUUGGAUCAACGCUUAGCAGUCGAGUGGGUGAGGGACAAUAUCGCUGCCUUUGGGGGUGACCCGUCUCGAAUCACUCUCUUCGGAGAGUCCGCCGGCGGUACCUCUGUUGACCACUAUUCAUACGCCUGGAAGGACGACCCUAUCGUCCAUGCCCUGAUUGUGCAAUCCGGUAAUGCACUCGGGUGCGGAGACCAGAGCACACAUGAUCAACAAAUCUACGACUGCAUGAUGACCAAGCCAGCUGGGGACAUAGCUCGUCACCUCGUCAACACCAUGGCCACGACCGCCAACCUGCCCUAUAGCCCGGCCGCCGACGACGUCCUCGUCUUCAGCAACUACACGGAUCGCCCAGCGGCUGCCGUUCCCAUGCUCAUUGGGACCACCAACUUUGAAAAUGGCCUGUUUCGCGUCUAUGUGGACGAGCCGUUAGCUGAUAGCGAAUGGAUCCAGCAGGAUCAGGCUCUCUUUGACUGUCCGGCAGCUGCACGAGCCAAUGUCUCCGUUCAGCAGGGCAAUCCGACUUGGAGAUACCGCUAUUCCGGCGUAUUCCCGAAUAUGAUGCUCUCCACGAAGGCGCCCAGCGGAGCAUACCACUCCUCCGAGGUGCCGGUGCUCUUCGACACGGUUGCACAAGAUCUCAUUGCCAGUACGGCCGAGGAAGUCGCCAUCGGACGGUACAUGCGUGGUGCGUGGGCUGCAUUCGCUCGAGAUCCUGUCUCCGGACUAGAGCGAUAUGAUGGAUGGCCUCAAUAUGAGGCGGGUGAGAAGACGCUCAUCCGGUUGGGAUUCAGCAAUAAGACCGGACCGAACCUGGCACUGGGCAACCUCUAUGAUAACGGGUGUUGA